AUGACAAUUGGAGAACUCAAACAACUUUACAUUCUCAACUUAUCUCACAAUUCCCUCACUGGCAUGAUUCCAGAAGAAUCAAUCGGAAACUGCACUCAGCUUGGUGUAUUAGACCUCUCAAUGAACCAGCUAACCGGGAUGAUUCCGUUGUCAGGAGAAAUCCCAGUUGGCCGCCAACUCCAAACAUUCACAGAUGCUUCCUUUUAUGGAAACAGAGGUCUCUGCGGAUUUCCCCUAAGCAUAAGCUGCAACAAGUCAGAAGCCAAUGGAUUGUCAUGGAUAAAUGCAUCAUUCGAGUCUGAGAGGGACUCUUCCAGGAAUGAGAUUGAGUGGGAGUACGUUAGUGCUGCCUUGGGAUUUAGUGUAGGGUUAGGAAUCAUUUCCUGGCUGAACUUUUCUAGUCCAAGAUGGUGGGAAAAGUUUAUUGCACUUGUCCUUCAACUCCUCCUGAGGAUUCUGCAUCGGCAGUGGACGUUAAUCUUGAAGCUCCAGGUCCAGAUUUUAGCAAUGUAUCACUUGUCUGUAGAAACUCUUUUACCAUUGGUGAUUACAGUGAUGCUCUGGUUCUUGAAGGACAAGCAUGGAUGGGAUUUUGCAGCUUAG